AUUAUAGAUCGGCGGCUAACCGGCACAUGGUCUGUGCGCAACAGGCAGCCGUCGUGUUGCGUCAAUGGGGACCAGCAUAGCCUUGGCCUGAACUUCGCCUCCUUGUCUCUCACGCCGCGCCGCGCUGUGACAGCGCCAACUUCACUGUCAACCCUUUUACUUCCGUCAGCCUUUCUUGUUUCUUCUGUUCUCACUUUCUCAGCUUUCACACAACUGCGACUCUGCAGGAUACACGACUUAUUACAGCGACUUGAGUGUUUAGGGAUUACGCAUCUCAGCCAAGAUGACGGUCCUCGUCGAACUCGCUCGUCGCGCUGUGUCGCACCCUCACACGGCAACGUUUGUCAAGCGCGCCGUACACGGUGGAGUUCCUCCCUACACCACCGGGAACUCCCACCACUUGAAGCCGGAAGACGUCCCGAUUUGGGGCGUUGUUGUCAUCUACAUUAGCAUCUUCAUUGCGAGUGUGGCUAUCAGCCUUAUCUCCUACAUGCUCAAUGAAGUCGUCACCACCCUCUGCAUGGUCGAGUCCCCAAUGGCCGCCAUCACCGUCUCGCCAUCGACCUACGAGCCCUCUGACGAAGACGAGAAGGAGACGCUCCUCGAGACCGGCCCUACCAUCACCCUCGUGAACCAGAAGCCCAUCACCUCGUCCAUCCGCGCAACUCUCCGUCACCUCGUCGCCAACGCCGGUCGCUUCGCACGCUUCCGCGGUUUCCGCAUCCACGUUCUGUACUCGUUCCUCGCUGGCAUCGUAUCCACCUUCUUCAACGGCGCUCUCCCCAUGGUUCCCGGUCAGCCCAUCAUCGUCGCUGGUAUCACCGGUGCCGUUCUCGCCAAUGUACACGCAGUCUGGACACACAAGGUAGUCGGCAUGCCGACCGAGCAGAGCCUCUGGCAGUGCAUGCCCUCCAAGAGCCACUGGAAGACUCUCGCUGUCCCCGCCACCAUCGCUUCCGUUAUGCCGUACAUCAGCCUGUACCUCUCUUUCGGCGUAGCCAUGCUCAUGGGUCUUCACAAGCUCGAUCAGGAGAAGAUUGCUUCUUGCGCGGCGUGGACUGGUCUUGCCGUCCGCAUCCUCACCCUUUUCGUCUUCGUCAUUGUCUGCACCCUUUUCCUCUGCCUCCCCGCCAUGGUCACCCUGAUCCGCAUCGAAGCUUCUAUCCUCCCUGAGGACCAGGACACCAUCGUUCCCUUCGACCGCACCUUCGGUGGCAAGGUCGUUAGCAAGAUGAUGGGUGGAACUGGUGUCGUUGGCUUCUUGGAUGCAUGGAGGUCUUUCAACUGGGAGGCUCGCCGUCGUCUUAUCAAGUUGUUUUUCAAGAACUUCUUCAUCAUCGUUGGCAUCUUCCUCGUUGUCGCCCACGUUCUGGCCGCCGAGGUCUUCGUCAUCAUGGGCCCGGCUGUUGGUAAGUUCGUGGUGAUGCUGAGGGAGGAUGACAACGCAAUGCUCGACAAAUUGUUGGGUGCUUAGACUAGCCAAUCCACUGGAAUUGUUUCGAUGGGUUGCUGAAGUCGCUUUUGGAUAUGAGAUUGACCUUGCUUGAAUUUGGAUAGGAUGGGACAGGAUCAGGUGUUAUUAUUACGACAAGGGUUCGAUAACCACAUUAGCUAUAUACAAGUUACUCACACUCUCUUUGAAUCAUUAUCUCGUAACUUGUCAGAAUCUAGGAGCCUCGUUCUCUCUAUACCAAGAUUUGAUGUAUCCACGAAUGCAUAUCAGGUAGCAUGCAAACAACACGUCUCACAUUUAGCAAGAAUACUCAAUGUUUUAAACUUUG